GACAUUUCGAGACAAAUUUAGAAUUUCACUUAUGCAUUUUUUUUCUACAUUCUCAAAUUAUUUGCAUUAUCAUCAAUAGUGGAGUCGAUGCAACCAUUCCUCCAUUCAUCAAAGGUCUUAGAUUCAGUCUUGAGUAUGAACAACGAGCUUUACCCUCUAAUUGGCCGCACUCAAUGCAAAUUUGUUUUAACCCGACUCUUAAUGCACAUAGCGAACACGGGAUGAAAAAUCAAAAAAUGAAAGUUACUGUACAUCUCUACCCUAAUUUUCUUUUCCCCUUUUAUUUAUUUUCAUACAAAUACCCUUUCUUUUAAAAUAAUUUUACAUAUUGAAUUUUCCAACCAAUCAUAAUUUUCACCUCUUUAUUCCUUUUCCCCUUUUCUUUGUUAGCCCUUUUUGUUGCGUUUUUCUCCAUUAAGAUUCUUCCUCUUGACCUCCCCUCUUCCAUUUCUCCUCCUUCUAAAUCGAUCUCUGCACAAAUCCCAAGAAACCCUUUUUUGGAAAUAGUCAGUCAGCUAUGACUCUCGGUUCAGGAGGAGGAUCCAGCGUUGUGGUCCCUCGGAAUUUCAGAUUACUUGAGGAACUCGAACGUGGGGAAAAGGGUAUUGGAGAUGGCACCGUGAGCUAUGGGAUGGAUGAUGGAGAUGAUAUCUACAUGCGUUCCUGGACUGGCACCAUUAUUGGUCCACACAAUUCUGUUCAUGAAGGUCGUAUUUAUCAGUUGAAGUUAUUCUGCGACAAAGAUUAUCCAGAGAAGCCCCCAAGUGUUCGAUUCCAUUCUCGAAUUAACAUGACAUGUGUCAACCAUGAGACAGGAGUGGUGGAACCAAAAAAGUUUGGUGUACUUGCAAAUUGGCAGAGAGAGUACACCAUGGAAGACAUACUGGUUCAGCUGAAAAAGGAGAUGGCUUCUCCUCACAAUCGCAAGCUAGUUCAGCCCCCUGAAGGCACCUUUUUCUAGCAUAAGAACAAUAUAUAUAGGUCUGGAUCAAUCAACAGCUAUGUGCAAAAAUUGUGUAUUGGAAGUUAAAAUUUACUAGGGGAGGGAGUGCCUUUAAUGGCUUCUUGAUCACUUGUGUUUUCAUCCUUUUAUGAACUUUGCCAGUGUGCUGUUUGAUUAAUGAGAUUUAAUAUUGUAUCACUUGUGUUUUUCUCCA